GGUGAUAGUGAUAGUGACGACAACAACGAAGAUGGUGAUGAAGACGUUGACGAUGAGGGCGACAGUAAUAGUGAUGGUGACGAUGAUAAUCAUACAAAAAUUUUGUGCUUCGUUUUUUCUGUAUGCAAAAAUUCGAAGUAAAAAAAAGAUGUGUUUUUUAAGUUAAGC